AUGCUCUCUCUCGCAUGCUUUGUGUUCUCCCUCUUUCUUUGGGGGACCGGAUACUUCAAGUCCAACAACAUCGGUGCUAUGAUCGCCAUCUCGACAGGCGCAUUCAUCGGCUCACUGUGGACAAUAUUUACAAAGGUGGUAUACAAACCGCAGCUCGUUUCAGUAGAGGCCACGUGGGCUUUUGCCUUGUUACCUUUCGAAAUAUUACUAGGUCUUUUCUCCGUCAACCUCAAUAUCGCAGAUGUACCUGCUGCACAUGCCGCCUACCUGUGCCUCGCAACGCUUAUAUGGCUCAACGCAGCUCUGGUUUUCAUAUAUGCGGUAACCAUCAUUCUCCUUGCCCUCUUUACUCAGGCUUCGCAUGACCGUGACGUUUGGUCCCGCGACAUUGAUUCAAGUCCAUCUCCGUUCCCGCUGCAUAUCAUCGUCGCAUACGUAUUUUCAUCUAUGACUCGACCCUUCUCUCUAGCCGCCCGUCAAAACAGACCGACGCCCCCUGUAUCAAAGGAUUACUGUUUCCCUGGCUGUACUUGCUCCCGUAAACUUCCCAAUUCUUCGUCUCUUUCGGACCUCCAGACACUCGGGUCAACCUUGGAGAACACUACCGAUGAUAUAUCAAGGACGCACUCCCUUAUCAAUAUUCGUGUUCCGACGGCGAUGGAAAGACCCAAGCCAAUUGCCGUCACGCUUCGGUCAAGAUAA